AUGCAGGGCCCAGGCAAGGUCGCGUUUCGGCGGACGUACUCGAGCAACUCGAUUAAAGUGCGGUCGGUCGAAGUGGGUCCUUCCAGCUUCCAAAAGAUCAAGCUCCUAGGUCGAGGAGAUGUCGGCAAGGUGUUCCUCGUACGCGAGAAAAAGUCCGGGAAAUUGUUUGCGAUGAAAGUGCUGUCCAAGCAGGAAAUGAUUUUACGGAAAAAGAUCAAGCGCGCCUUGACGGAGCAGGAAAUUCUCGCGACCGCUAACCACCCGUUCAUUGUUACGUUGCAUCACUCAUUCCAGUCUGAUGAAUACCUCUAUUUUUGCAUGGAAUACUGCAUGGGUGGCGAGUUCUUCAGGGCAUUGCAGAAUCGGCCAGGCAAAUGCCUUCCGGAAGAUGGUGCGAGAUUCUACGCGGCAGAAGUUGUCGCGGCACUGGAAUAUUUGCAUCUCAUGGGCUUCAUCUACCGCGAUCUCAAACCGGAGAAUAUUCUGUUGCAUCAUUCUGGACACAUCAUGUUAUCUGACUUUGAUUUAGCCAAGCAAUCUGGCGUAUCCGGAGGCAGACCUGCGACGAUCCAUCAAUCUGAGCCCAAUGGCGUGAGUAUACCCUUGAUUGAUACCAAAUCUUGCACGGCUGAUUUCCGAACGAACUCUUUUGUUGGGACGGAAGAAUACAUCGCCCCUGAGGUCAUUCGCAAUUCGGGCCACACGUCUGCCGUUGACUGGUGGACCCUUGGGAUCCUUAUUCACGAGAUGAUCUACGCCACCACACCAUUCAAGGGUCGAGAACGCGACCAAACGUUCGAAAACAUCCUGAAGCUGCCUGUGCACUUCCGGGACACGCCCAAAGUGUCACAGGCGGGAAAGGACAUUAUGACGCGACUGCUAGACAAAGAGGAGAACACCCGCCUGGGCAGCAUGAGCGGUGCCAGCGAGGCGAAGCAACACAAGUGGUUCGCCAAGAUCAACUGGGGCCUGUUGCGGCACACGGAGCCACCUAUCGUCCCCUCGUCGUCGCACGCUGCCGAUGCGGCCAACUUCCGCUCUCUCAAGGAGUCCAAGUCGCUGCACCUCGAGACACAACAAUCGCACAUCAAGGGCGCUGGGGGUCCGACCACGCCGGGCGUCGACGACGUGGCCGACGACGUGGACCUCUUUGGCGGGUUCUCGAGCAUUACGCUCUACCACGACGGCGAGAGCUGA